AGGCGGUGGAACGGAAGGUGGAUUCCCACUCCACCCGCCUGCUCGACCUGGAGGGUCGGACGGGGAUGGCGGAGAAGAAGCUGAUCGAUUGUGAGAAGACGGCGGCGGAGCUGGGGAAUCAGCUGGAGAGCAAGUGCGCGGCGCUGGGCACCCUCAUCCAGGAGUACGGGCUGCUCCAGCGGCGCCUGGAGAACAUGGAGAACCUGCUGAAGAACAGGAACUUCUGGAUCCUGCGGCUGCCCCCCGGCAGGAAGGGGGAGGUGCCCAAGGUGCCGGUGACCUUUGAUGAUGUGUCCGUCUAUUUCAAUGACAAGGAGUGGGAGAAGCUGGAGGAGUGGCAGAAGGAGCUCUACAAGAAUGUGAUGAAGGGGAACUACGAGUCUCUGAUCUCCUUGGAUCGAGCAAGGGGAGGAAUCGCGGGGCAGGAAUGAGCAGGACCUGGAGGAGAGUGAGAUCAUUACUGAUGCCACGGCAGCUGGAAUAAGGGUUGUGAUCAAAACGGAGGAGCUCCUUCCUGAAGACAGCCCUGAGAACCCCGAGCUGCACGGGAUGUCGGGGCAG